AAGAGAAGACAAAGGAGUACAUUGCUGACAAGUUAGUGGCUGUAGUUGAAGAAGUUGGAGCCAAAAAUGUGGUCCAAAUCAUAACAGACAAUGCUGCAAAUUGCAAAGAUAAGCCUUGCCUUCACUUGGUUUAUGAGAUGUGGGAUACAAUGAUAGAGAAUGUGAAGAAGGUGAUAUACAAUAAAGAAAAGAAGGAACAUGAUGAGGAAUCUUCUUUCUUCACAGUUGUCUAUGACAUAUUGAUUGGUCGUUGGACAAAAAGCAACACGCCACUUCAUUGUCUUGCACACUCACUUAACCCAAGAUACUAUCAUGAGAAUUGGCUCAAUGAACGUGCCGGACGUAAACCCCCACACAAGGAUCUUGAAAUAUCACAAAUGAGAAUGAAGUGUUUCAAGAAGUUUUUCCCCAUCACUGAAGACCUAAAUCAGGUGAAGGUUGAGUAUUCUAAGUUUGCCACAUCUUCAGAAGAACUCAAUGAUUCUGAUGCCAUUUAUGAUAGAUGGGUGUUGGAUCCAGUUAAAUGGUGGAUAAACCAUGGAUACAAUCUAAGGCUUUUAUCAAGAAAGGUAGAAGAUUACAAGACCGGUCCAUCAACAAUGUGGGAUGUAGGAGGGGAUGCAUUUGAAUCAUUGACCGGUGUUGGAAUUCUAGAAGUGGCUGAUUUAUCUAUUGAAGAACCUGUGUUGGAGAGUGUGUCUUUUGAAGAUGCAGGAACAGGAGAUGAAGAUGAGAUUAUGACGGUCGACGAGGAUGCGGAUUGA